CAUGUGCUCACUACACACUCCUAUCGUGACAAAACAUAUCACUGUUUGCCCAGAAGCCCAUACAUUUUGAAGAACAACACCAGCAUUUUUAAAAGGCUACCUAAUCUAAAGAGGAGAAAGGAAAAGGUUUGCGGCAAGCGUUUGUUUUAUCGAGGUUCUGAGGUUUCAUGCAGAUCUCCUCAUUGAUUCUGCUCUGUACUGAGUAGACUUCUCAUUGGAGUGUGCGGCUGUCCAUACUUGAAGACUUCUGUGUCUGUGACUUUGAGAAUUCAGAGUGGGAUUGAUCAUUUCCUACGAAGCAAACAACAGCUGAUAGCGAGUAUCCUGCAGGCUUUUGUCACUUUGAGUGGUGGAUUUGUGGCAUAUUGUGAACAGAUGCACUGGGAUGAGAUGACUGGUGAGAUCCAUGCAAAGAGAUUUAGCAGGUCUGGGAUCAGGAGAGCCUCCUCGACCACCUCGCUCUUCUCCGCUACUCUCGCUGCACCAAGAGUUCCAACAGUCACGCUGACUAGCCAUAGAGUGGUGCCGGAUAAACGGGCCUUUCCUCGACAGAGCGCAGAUAGUAAAGGACAGAAGGCUGGAACGAUGCCAGAUUCACCGGCUGAUGUCAAAACCCAGCAUAGGUCGACUCCGCCCACAAUGCCACCUCCACCCCCCGCUGUCAGCCAGGCAGCCAAUCGCAAUGCAUCAUUCACACCCACAACAAUGCUGAACGGUAGCAGCCACUCACCCACGGCGCUCAACGGAGCUCCCUCAACACCCAAUGGCUUCAGCAAUGGACCGGCCACCUCUUCCACAGCAUCUCUGCCCACCCAGCAGCUUCCCCCUGCCUGCGGAGCCCGACAGCUUUGUAAACUCAAGCGGUUCCUCACCACGCUACAGCAGUUUGGCAAUGACAUAUCGCCAGAGAUCGGGGAACGUGUACGCAGCCUGGUUCUUGGGCUGGUGAACUCAACUCUAACCAUUGAAGAGUUCCACUCCAAACUUCAGGAGGCAACAAACUUCCCUUUGCGGCCGUUCGUCAUUCCAUUCCUCAAGGCUAAUCUACCCCUCCUGCAGAGGGAGCUGCUUCACUGUGCGCGGAUGGCUAAGCAGACCCCAGCGCAGUAUCUGGCCCAACACGAGCAGCUUCUGCUGGACGCCAAUGCCAGCUCUCCCCUGGACUCUGCCGAGAUCCUGUUGGAACUCAAUGAGCAUGGCAAAAGACGUACCCCGGACAGGACCAAAGAGACCGGUGGCGAGAGGGACGGCUUGCACCCAGAACACCUGGCCAAACGGCCAUGCACGGUGAGCCCCAGUCAGCGCUUCAGUCCCAGCAGCGGUCUGCCUGCCCAUCCUCCCCCUAACGGCCUGUCCACACACCCACCCAAUGGUCUGCCACAUCCCAACCCUCCCAAUCCACAACAUUACCGCCUGGAAGACAUGGCCCUCGCCCACCACUACAGAGACGCCUACAGACAUGCCGAGCACAGGGACAUCCGAGAACGCCACCGACAGACAGCCGUUCAUGGAGCUCGUCAAGAGGAAGUGAUUGAUCAUCGGCUAACAGACCGCGAGUGGGCUGAAGAAUGGAAGCACCUUGAUAAUUUGCUGAACUGUAUCAUGGAUAUGGUGGAGAAGACACGGCGUUCCCUCACCGUGCUGCGACGCUGCCAGGAGGCCGACCGCGAGGAGAUGAACCACUGGAUCCGACGCUAUAGCGACGUGGAGGAUAUGAAAAAAGGUGGGAGCUCCACCCAGCGACCUCCUCCUCUUCCUCCCCACCACAACUCCUCCUCCUCCAACACUCCUAACAGCAGCGACACACAGCCGCUAGAAAUCCACAGAGACUUCCUGCAUCGGCCACCAUCAGGUUACCUGCCCGAGGAGAUCUGGAGGAAGGCGGGUGCCCCAAGUAUCCCGCUCUCGCCAGCACUAAAGCAACUGCAAAACAAGCAGGAGGAAGCCGUGAAUGAGGUAAAGAGGCAGGCCAUGUCUGAGCUGCAGAAGGCCGUUUCUGAUGCCGAGAGGAAAGCUCACGAGAUGAUCUCCGCUGAGCGCUCGAAGAUGGAGCGAGCAUUAGCUGAAGCAAAGAGACAGGCCUCUGAAGAUGCACUGACCGUCAUCAACCAACAGGAGGACUCUAGUGAAAGCUGCUGGAAUUGUGGUCGCAAAGCCAGUGAGACGUGCAGUGGCUGCAACACAGCACGUUACUGCGGCUCCUUCUGCCAGCACAAGGACUGGGAAAAGCACCAUCAUGUGUGCGGCCAGGGCCUGCAGGGUCUGCCCGGGAACAGCAGCGUGCCACUCGGGACACCGUCUACCACCUCCAGCUCCUCCUCCUCAUCCAGCGUGCCCCCCACUCACUCCGAGAGCACUCCCCCAGGACCCCUCUCCUUGGUUGGGCAAACCAGCAGCAGCGGAAGCCCGAAGGAAGCAAACUCCAGUAGCGUGUCACGCUCAACCACCCCAGCCACACCCGCCCUGAUGGAUUCCUCGUCCCGUUGACUGAAGAAUCUCCAAAUGUUAAGCCCUGCCCAGCCACGUCUAGUGCUGCUACAGCAUCCUUCAUCCAAAAUAAGCUGAGGAACUGUCACCAUACUUACCCCUCCUCUCAGACUCUGCCAACUUGGCUUUCUUAGCUACUUUAAGCUCUUGUGUUCUCCAAAAAAUCUUCAUGAGUCAAUGCUCACAAUGAGUAAAGGGUAUCCUGUGCUUAGUUAUUAAAUACUAGGCUAAUUCUACUGAAUGCCACCAAGACAGCCAUUAAAACAUGUCAUGUUUUAUUAAAGCAAUUUAAUAUUAAUGGCCUCCAUAACCUACACCCUUUAAGUGAGGUGUGCUCUGUGUGUAUUGGGCAGCACUUUGCUACAAACACAGGUGCGAGGAAUAAAUAUAGUUGGUUGGACACCCUGAGUGUCCUCUAUAGAAUCUCUUUGACCACAGAGCUACUUCCUCACAUGUCACAUUUCAUUGUUUUUGCUUUAAUUACAAAAAAAAGUCCAAAAAUCUACUAGAAAUAACGAUGAUACUACUACUGAUAAUAAAAAUGAAACCUGUUAACUACCUUGCUAGCUAUCCAAGAAAAUCUACACCAGACUCACCUCUCUUUACUGAUGUGAACCCAAAUGAAUUUUAAGUGAAUAAACAUGAUCCAAACCUUUUUAUUACACUGCCAAAGUUACGAAGAAGCACUCAUCUUGUAACCAAACGCAAACGACUUCACCUCCGCAGCAGUAAAGCCAGCUCAGACCUCCACAGGCUGUGGUGAUGUCGCAUGGUGACCAGACACUCAAAUUCUCACUGUGCCCACCAUGCUACAUCAGAUCCAUUUGGGGAUGGGAGGAGCGCAGCUCAGAUGUUUAAAGCACAUUGACCGUUCACGCAAAGAGAAACUAGAUGAAAAGAAAGAGGCAAGAAUGAGUUUAAAGUAGAUCAACGUUUAAUGAUGAGAUUGGCCUCCAAGAUUGGAAAGACAUAUGGCAAUGGAACUGCCAAAAACCUCACUGGAUUGUACACUAAGAAUGGGCCUUUAUCUUUGGAAACUUUUUGUUUGGUUUUCCUAAUGCUCCCGGAAUGCAGAGAUUUGUCGUUUUGUUGUACGAUUUUAGUCUCCCUCAUUUUCCAAAGCAUGACAAACAGACUGUAGAAUCUUCCAAGACUGGUGUAGACUUGGUUCUUUUGUCUUUUGCUCUGUCUACCUCCCCCAUCUUCUGUAUGUCCAUCCCUUUUGUGUCAUCCCCAGCUCCCGAGAACCUCUGAGCAGAUAUCCAUGAAGGGAUCAAACGUUGCUUGUAGAUAUAACUUUAUGUUUCUGGAUGUCUCUGUCUUCUAAAUCUGCUUGUAAGCUAACAAGAAUUGCUAUUCUUUCUUUGUCUUUUACAUUUCAUCUGACAUUGGACAGAAAAAAGACACUCUAAAAGGAGAGAAGCUGUUCUGUACCUAUUGUUCGAUUUGUUGUAUCCACAUUGAUGAUGAGAAUCAUGUAGAAUAUUUUAUAUCACUCACAUUGUAAGACAGUGAGAGAACGGAGGUGCAAUAUGAAAAAGCGAAUUCAGCUACUGAAUGGAACCUCAGAAACGGCCCUUAGGGUACCUUAUAAUAUAAAUAGACAUAUAAAUAUAUCUAAAAUUACCACAGUAAAUUAAUGUGAAUGUACAUAGUAUUUAAACAAGAGGUCCAAAAAUGAGUUUGCCAAAUAACAGAAACCUUUGAAGUAUACUGUCAAGACUUUGAUUUCUUUCCAUUUAAUCUGUUCUGUCUGAAGCAAAGCAAUUGUUACUACGUUGGUCAUUUUACAAAGCCUGCAGAAUGUUUGUGAUCUAGAUAAACAGACGAAUUACUGGAUGUAUUGGGCAGUACCAUUUGUAGCCAUAAGUGUGUCAAAAUGAAAGGCAACCACCAAGGACUGACCCAGUUUGCCCCUGUUGAGAAGUUCCCAUACUGGGAUUCAGGAAGGGAAAGUUGCUAGAAUCUAUGUGAAAGUUGAGUCAUCCUUUGGGCCAUAGUGUCACUGCUGUGGUCCAAUGUGUAAUUUUCACACUUGCAUGAACACACAAUCACGAAACCCAAACGUAGAUUAUUCUUGUUCCAAGAGUUUGAUGCCAGAAUCAAGCUAACACACUGAUUUGAUGACGUACUGCAAAAAAAAUAAAAAAAAUAAUCGGUUUUGUCUUGUUUAAAAUAAAAAUGUCUAAACAUCUAUAAACAAAAUACAUUUAAGAGGAAAAAAUUGCGCAAGAUAUUUAGACUUGUUUUUAGAAAAUAUAUUUCUAAAUAAUUGUUUAUUAUUCCUUACCUAUUAUAUUUAGACAUUCUCUGAAAACAAGUCUUAUUUUACACAGUUUAGACAAACAAGGAAAAAAUGUGCAGUAUAGUCUGUCUCAUUCGGCCCAAGAGACUGUGACACAUUCUUUAGCUAGCUAUGAAAUGCUAGCUUUGAAAAUGCUAUGCUAGUGUUCACUUCAAGAUCUGUUUAUUACAAUGCUCAUGUUUAUUAAGGGUUCUUCAUAAAGGCAACAGUGACAGACAUUAACCCUUCCGAGUAAAAAUAGCCUACUGGUGAGUUUUGCCGCCAGCUUACACAUACAGCCCUGUUUACAGCAUUCAUUUAGUUCAGUCACGAAUUUCUGCUUGCUAAUUUCAAUUUGAAUCUGAGAUUUUGCUGAGAUGUGUUAUUAUUUUUAUUUUAUUUUUUUUUUGCGUAUUUGCUGUCUACAUGGCGUACCUCUAAUACGGACCAAACAUAAAAGGCAUAUUUUUUUAUUCUUGUAUAUUGCUGUUUCUUUAGCAGUUUAAUGCUAAUUCAGUGAGGUGUGUUGAUGGUUUAACUUAUCACAUAUGCAAAUAAUAUUUAUUUUCUUAUUGGAUUUAAUUUUUUUCAGGAACAUUAGAUGUUUGAUAAAUAGGUGUAUCUCACUCUCUCUCCCUCCAUUUGAGAAGAAUUUUUGUCUUACCAUCCUUUUUCCCAACUAGCUACCUCCCGUAAACUAAUCCAAGAGAAUUUUAUGUGCUUAGAGAAUGGUAUUGCUAGCUGACAUGCAAAUCCAAACUAUCAUCCAGCUCGAGCUAAACCCAUGCUUAAAAUCUCAAAAAUGUGAUACAUUAUGUAUGUUGUUUUACCCAUAUUUUCAUGCCUGUAUUGUCUAACUCAAGUCAGUUCUAUAUCACUGAGUUAGACCAACAAAGCUUGUUUUCUUUUGUGGUUUGUUUCAAAACAAAGUUAGACCUGAAACAUUCUCUACACAAGUAUACAAACUUAGAUGUGAACACUUAGCAGAGUGCACAGUCCCAUUUUACUUAAUUACCAUGCGUUCUUGCAUUAUUGUAGAGGUAACAAAGCUUAGUAACAAGAGGGUGAUCGUUACCUCAAAUGUCUGUUAUUUUAAACCAAAUAGCUACCUAUAAACAUUUCAGCUGCUUAGCUAACUUGAACUAAUUCACUCAGCAAGAUUCUUGUCAACCUGUUUCUUCGCUAUGACAGUAGUUGACCUGAAAUAAAAAAGUGAUAGUAGAAGAAGACAGUUUACGCUAAUGCCUGCCAUAACACCCCUUGUGGCAACACUGAGAAUGCAACACACACUUGAAAUUGAGCUUGCAUAGCUAGAAGCAUUCAAGUACUUGCAUAGAGUAUGCUGUGGCUUUUGGAACGCAAAAUGUAGAAAAUCGAGCAUGCGUAGCUAGAAGUAUUCAUGUACUUGCGUAGAGUAUGCUGUGGCUUUUGGAACGCAACAAUGCAUGAAAUCAAGCUUGCGUAGCUCGAAGCGUUAAUGUACUUGCGUUAAGUAUAUUGCGUCUUUCGGAAUGCAAUAGCGUAGGAAAUCGAGGUUGUGUAGCUAGAAGCAUUCAUGUACUUGCGUAGAGUACUGAAUGUUAUGUCUUUUGGACCGCAGCAACGCAUGAAAUCAAGCUUGCGUAGCUAGAAGCAUUCAGGUUCUUGCAUAGAGUAUUUUGUGUCUUUUGGAAUGCAACAAGGCAAGGAAUUUAGCUUGCAUAGCUAGAAGUGUUCACGUACUUUCAUAGAGUACGUUGUCUCUUUUGGAACGCAACAACACAUGAUAUUAAGCUAGUUUAGCUAGAAACGUUCACAUACUUGCGUAGAGAAUGUUGCGGGGCUUUAAGUGUUUCAGUAUAAAUGAACAUAAACAUAUCUCAAUAAAUAUCCAAACCAAAUAUCCAAACCAAAGCAUAACUGCACAUUCAUAGAAACUUUCAUUGGAGCCGUUUGGACAUGUCGCCUGAAAAGCAGAUGGCCGACUGUGCCCAUAAACCAAAGCAAACAAAAUAACCACAUUCAAAGCAUAAGAUGACAGCAAAUACAUCAGGAAGAUGUAUUUGUUUGUAUUAUUUUAAACCAGUGCUUGUUCCUGUAAAUCCAAAGCAUUAGAUACGAUUACAAAAGCUUCUAACAUUUAAGCCAGCCUUGCUCAAAGAUUUCAUCAUUAAGAGUGGACGAACUAAUGAGUGAUUGAUUGAUUCAAAAAAAGAGAUAGUUUCUAUUCAUAAUUUUGCUAGAGAACUUACUUGAAUCUCCAGAGCUUUAAAACAACAUCAUUGGCAAAAAAUAUAGCAGAUAAACACCCAUAAACUCCUCAAAGUACUGUACCAUUUUGAGCUUUGCAUGUCUGCUAGUCCUUUACGUUGAUAUCACGUGUGUGCAUUUCCUGCUGAAAAAAUAAAAACUUCUUACAGCAGCAGAAGCAAUCCAGCUUAAGAUGGUUUAAGAUAUGUAUUUCAGCAGGGUUUGUUAUGUUUUCGGCCAUUCUGCUUCUAACCAAAAUCUAACCAAAAACGAGAACGUGCGAAUGCAUCUUCCACUAUGUACUGUAAUUAUUUGCUGACAUUUGGCCUUCAUUCUCUAAGCACAUCUGUGGGUGUCUGGAUUCGGUCAACAUUUGGCCUUGUCAGCGGACUCGUGUUGAGGAAUGUCUCCGUUCAAUGAUCAACACACAGAGAGAGAAACUACAGGACAUCCUAUACAUUAAGCAAACACGCCAUUGAAGUAAUAUGGAUGCUGUAUGUUAACCCGUCAACAUCUCAAAGGUCCUGCUGGAAAAAAAGACAGCUUAAACCAGCCUAUCAAGCUCAGGCUGGUCUAGUUUGAUGGGUAAAGGGGGUUUUGGGCACUUGUAAGCUGGUCAGGCUGAUGGCUUUUUUCCCCCACAUUUUUAGUCUCAAUAAUGUUUUUCUUUACUUAUUUUUUUUAUGACUAUAGCAUAUAUAGCUAUAGCAUAAGUGUAAAGCUAAAAUUCAAACUCAUUAGAGAGAUCUAUCAGUGGGCACACAAGGUCAUUUUACAGUAGUAAAAUCUCAGUAUCAUACGGUCGCUUUGACUAAAAAGGGGCGUGCAUUGAACCUCCAUGCACAAUAAAAGCUAUGACAGCAAAAUACAUAUUUCGGAUAUUUCAGUCGACAAACAAAGACUUGGUUUGAUACAUUUAGGCAAACGUUAUAUACUGUUUUGUGCAAUACAUCAUUCAUUACAGGAAAAGGCAUUGUUUCUGUAGGACAGGUUGGUGUGAUGAAGAAAAAUGUUUUUCUGUUUUCUCUUUCAAGGUCCUGUUAUCAUUCUCUAGAUGAUGUGAACUGUGCCAGGAGAGGUUUAUUUAUUUCUUGCAUGCUAUUUUUCCCACUUUUGCAAUCUCCCUUCCCUCUCUUACUGUGCGCUUUGUUGGACGUGACGCUGUAAAGAUUCUAAAUCAGGUUAAUGUCUGUGUUGAGAUACGUAUCUGUGUAAUUAAAAAAGACAGUGAAAUAUGACUUGUGUCUCAA